AUGGCAUUCUCCAUCCUAUUCUUCUUCACACGCAAAGCCGGCAUCUCACCGGAGGAGUUCAAGGAGCACCUUGAAAACAUUCAUAUGCCUAUACUACAAGAGGUAGCGGGUCCGCACUUCCCGCUAUCGCAUAGACGGCACUAUAUCCAACGCACUCAAGGCCAGGGGGAGGGUACAACUAGGAAUGCCUCGACCCCAGCUCAAAUACUUCUCGGGUCACAAGCUGACUUUGAUUACGACGUUGUUGCCGAGUUGACAUUUCAGGAUGCUGCGGCCUUCCAGACUUUCAUGGCGUUUUCGCACACGCCUGAGAAGGCAGCAAAGGUUGGUGCUGAUCAGGAGCUCUUUCUGGACCGCUCCCAAUUGCGCGCUGUCGUCGUAGGCGGGACUGAAGUCACGAAGCGGGAAUAG